GCUCUCUCUGUCUCUCUGUCUCUGUCUCUCUUUCACACAAACAACACACAUUAAUAAUUGUUUAAUUAAUUGAAGAUUGAAUAUGUAACUGGAUAUAACUCAGAGGCUGUGUCAGAUUCUUGGGACAGACUUAACAUGUAGUUUAGACAGUUAAAAUGGAGGAUUGUUAGAGCCACCUACUCCUCCCAGGGACCACACAUCACUAUCAGCAUCCCUCACACACAACUCCAGGAGCAAUGUCUAUACCCUCUCAUGAUAUCAAAGCAUUCACAGGAGAGGGACUUGGCACUUUUCCAGUCACUGACUUGAGCUGGUUGGGGUGUUGAGAUAGCCCUUUCUCUGUCUCUGGGACAGCACUGAUUCAGGCUCUGUCACCAUCUACAGCAGCUCUGCAGGUCGGGACUGUGUGUGAGGGUGCACACAUUCUACUUCUGUGCUACACACACAGUAGUCACAGGUCCCGUGUGCUGACUGGACACUGUCAGAGCACAGCUACAGGACUCUAAAGAGAAGUCACUGAGUCCUCCCCUCACUCAGGAUGAAACUUCUUCUCCUUGUCACUCUGCUCACAGUUUUUUACAGGAUUAUAUAGUUCUGGCUCAGGCUGCCUUCAACUCAACAUUCCAGCCAACACUUACCUCAGCCUCCCAAGGGUUAGGAUUACACACAGACCUAUAAAGAGAGAAGUCACUUGCGUCCUCCACACACUCAAGAUGAAACUCCUUCUGCUGGUCGCUCUGCUCACAGCAGGCGCUACGGCACACAGCAUCAGCCGUCGGUCUUUGUGGCAGUUAGACAACAUGAUCAAAUGCACCAUCCCUGCGAGUCAUCCCUUGUUGGAAUACAACAACUAUGGCUGCUACUGUGGCUUCGGGGGCUCAGGCACUCCGGUGGAUGAGUUAGACAGGUGCUGCCAGACUCACGACAAUUGCUACGGUCAGGUCAAGAAGAUGGAAAGCUGCAAAUUCCUCAUAGAGAACCCCUACACCACCUCCUACUCAUACUCAUGCUCUGGGAAUGAGGUCACCUGCAGUGACAAAAAUGACCCCUGUGAGGCCUUCAUCUGCAACUGUGACCGUGAGGCUGCCAUCUGCUUCUCACAGGCUCCAUACAACAAGGAGAACAAAGGCAUUAAGUGUUAGACUUGUCACCUCAGUUACUAUCUACACCAUCCCUGCCUGCCUGGUUGUGUUCACUACACACUGCCCCAUCUAA